AUGAACCCAUCAUCUGCAAUUAAGCGCAUAAUAGAACAAGGCCUGCGUGAUUACACGAGAAAGAAAGCAAAGCAUUCAAUGCGAACGAAUAGCAUCCAGCUUAAGCGUCUUGGUAUCCCCCUACGCCUGGAUAUUCCGGACUUCAGAGUAACCGAGAUACUGACCCCCCUAGACCAAGAAGGGCAGCCCUCGGAGAAUAACACCGGUAUCCUAGAUGUGUUUUACUCACAUCUAAAAUAUCGGUACUCUACGCCAUCCCAGGACAAUGGAGAUGAAUUGUCGAUUCUACGUCAAUGUAUCAGUGAGGUUCGAACGAUCGCUCUGCUCUUCCCGGAUAUACGGGCCACCCAUAUCCGGACCUGCAUGGCUGCAUGGCUCGGGACAUUGUGUUCCACUGAUGAUAUAAUCGAAGACAUGAUGCCUGAUGAGGCGACUGCUGUUCUCAACCAUUCAAUACAGGUUCUGCGAGAAGAAUUUGGUCUGGAGAAGGAUAUCCAAGAAGAGGAGCAAAUGAAUGCGGUUAUUGUGAAUGCUGCACAGAUUGGGGGCCAAAACACAUGCGCAGGGGAGGAUACAACUCUUCAGGUUGCCACUAACAAUAUCUGUGCCUUGCACAACCACCUAAUGGGGCGUGUGUUGGAAAGACACGCAAAUAUUCAGCAGAGGGCUAUCGGGAUGCCUGAGCAUGCCCUCGAGUGCGGUCUUGCAGACAUGCAACUUAUGAUUACAGAGACGCAUCUGAAGUGGUGCACAUCGGCAAAGAGAUAUACGUUGACUCCCGAGCUACACAUGAUUUAA